CAUCACUCAAUCGUAUCCCAACGUACUGUACACACAUCUUGUACCAAAACACCAUCACGAGUGACACAAUGGGCGAUCACUCCAAGCCGGGUGCUUCCAAUGCCCCAAAGGCCUUGCAGAACCACCUAGAUCGGGAUUCGUCUCCCUUCUCUGCUCAGCUUUUGCAUCACCGACUUGCUGACCAGGAGGCUGCUCGUCAGGCUGCUUCGUUCCAUAGUGGUCAGAACAAUGCCGGCCAUCAACAGCUGGCUGAAGCACAGUUCGCUCAGGAGCAAAUGGCCCGUAUGGGUCUGGAUGAUCUUGAUCCGCGAUCCGCCAGUCCAGCCCCCAUGUCUCAUCAACGUGGUCUUCUCACUCCCGCUCCUCCCGCUCGUCACAGCCCUCAGGCCUUUGUCGACGACUAUAGUGACUUCCUCAGACGUCACAAUGGAGGCAACCUGUAUACCGCCGACCCCACCAUGCAGCAAGCUGCCUUGGACCAUGCUGCUGCUGGUGCUGGUGUACGCCAGAUGGCUCCAGCGCCUGGCUCGUCUGCACUUCCCGGGCUGUUCCGCCCCGCCCUGCCUGCACCACCGGGUCUGUUUCGCCCUACCCUGCCUGCACCGCCCGCUUUGUCUGCACCGUUCGGCGGUCAGCGUUUCGCACCUCCCAUCGGCCGUCAGCCCGCCUUCCUACCAGACCAGCAACGCACGCAGGUUCUCAUGAAUGCACCCGAUGGGUAUUCCAUGUCUGGGCAGCGCACAUUCUCUCCUGCACUGAGUGACGGCACUGUCCAUCAAGACCCUCUUUUCAAGGAGUCGGCCGCCGCUUGGCAGGCAUCUUUUGAUGAAGCCAUGAAUGAGUGGGUGGCCAUUGAGAGUGAAAGAGAGGCUCACGACCUGAUGAACCAGGAUCGUAUAGCCCAUGGCUUGCCGCCGGUCGAGUUCAUAGAGCCUGAGUUUCUACCCGAGGUAACCAGACGCGAGCAACAACGUGCACAGAAGAUCCAGGCCGAUAUCCAGCGUAAUCUGGAGAAGUACGGAUCGCACGGAGAUGCAUUCGCUGCAACUAUGGAGCUCUUGGACGCUCAGAGACAGGAGAAGGAGAGAUUGGCCAUGGCUAAGAAGGCUGGGGCUAGGAAGGCUGGUAACGAGGCAACCAGCGCCACCAACAACCGCCCUCUCAACCGCACUCUUGACCACCCGCUUGACCACCCUCUUGACCACCCUCUUGACCGCCCUCUCGACGCUUCGGAUCUGGCUCGUGUCGCUCAGCAGCUCGUCAGCGCUGUUGCUGACAACGAUUCGGAGAAAUUUCGAAAAUCCAACUUCGUUGAUCUGAUGCGCCGAAUCGCCAACCAGGAGGUUGUCAUCCGAGACAAUUCUCUUGUUGAGGCAUACACUCCCACUACUGCUGGUAAUGAGGAGAACACCCAAGGCGGUUCUAGUAGCAAGGGCAAGGGCAAGGGAAAAGGCAAGGCUGUCGGCAAGCCGGCUUCUGUGGAGGAUCCCAACGCUGAUGAUGAGCGUGAUUAAAUCUGGAUUGAGGAAAUGUCGUGGGGUUUACCACGAAAUUUUUUGAUUUCGAUGGCCUUCGUGGAGGAUGCCGACGCUGAUGAUAAGCGCGGUUGAAUCUGGUUUGAGGAAAUAUUGCGCUGAUGACGAGCGUGAUUAAGUCUGGUUUAAGGAAAUGUCGCGCUGAUGACGACUGUAAUUGAUACUGGUUUGAGAAAAUGUCGCGGGGUUUACGACGAGUUUGUCGAUUUCGAGUUUUCGCAAUGAUACCCUGGCUGACCAAUUUCUAAUUUUUGUAUUGGUAGUACUUUGAAAAAGUCCCAUAGGAUAAUUAGCACAAAAAGCACUUGCUGUAAACUCUUCUGGAACAGGA